CUCCCUGUAUGUGCGGUUCCCCUGCUCGGCUUCCCCCCGCCCGCACCGGGUGCCCCCGCAGGACCCGCGGGAGCCCCUGCCAGGCCGCCCUCCAGGCCCCCUCUCUGCACACGCGUGACCUGCGAUGUCACGGGACCCUGAGACGCCUCCCCCACUGUCCUCCCCAGAGUGACACCCCGUGCAGCGGAAGACGACAGCCAAAAGGCGGGACUGAGCCCAGAGAGCUCUGCUCCACGCCGCCGCCCCGCAGAUGGGGGACUUUCUGCAGAGAAAAACCUGGGACAGACCCGCUGCGGAGGAGAAGACACGCAUGCCCGAAGAGCCCUGCAGGGGCGCGGCUCCCUGAGCCAGGGCGGGAGUGCGCAAGCGCAGACGGGGCCCCUGCAGAGGGGCUGAUGAGGAGGGGGCGGAGGGCGCUGGGCGUGGCUGAGGCUCCCCAGAGAAAAGCCGGUCUUCGGGCCGGGGAGACAGAGUGGGUGCCGGCACCCGGUCAGCAGUUGUCAGGCGCCACACUGGAGAGCACGGCGUGCGGUUGGGCAGGCUGUGUGCUCGGCCUCCCGACCCCAGCGCCCCCCGUGGGAGCGGGUCCGCUCCGCCCGCACUGCGGCCCUGGUCCGCGGGGCAGCGCCCCCUGGUGGGGUCGAGGCGAAGUUCACCUCUCAAGUGGGUGACUCCAUGGAUACGGAAUGUGCAGGAGAAAGAGCCAGGCAUGCGGAAGCCGAGUGGGAGACCGUCUGGGGCAUAUCUGCAUUUCCGGGGUGAUGAAGGCUCUGCGAGCAGGCAGCGGGGAGCUUAUGGAGCCUCAUGAACAGAGUGGAAAAGCUCUAAGUUUCACACUGUAAAAGGAUAAACGUUAUGUAUCCUGUGUUUCCUUACAACUGUUCUAUAAACUAUGUAAUCCUAUGGAUAUGCUUGUAUAAGUAUUCAGAGAUUGAAAUUAAUAUUACACACCAAUUGCUAUUUAUAAAAAAGCCUAGAAACAAAAUACCCACAAAUAAUAUCUGCACAGAUAAAUUAUAGUGUAUUCACAAAAAAUGAAAUGUUUCAAGGCUGUUAAAAGAGUGAAAUUAAUGCAUGCUUGGUAAUAUUGAAAAAUUUCAAUAUAAUACACUAAAUAAAAUUAUUUUAGCAUAUUUUCUACUAAUUCUAAUGAACACAUCAAUUGUAAGUUGUUUUAUAGUAAAUAAUUAUUUUAUGACUUUGGUUUGUAUGUUUCCCAACUCUGAUCAGGCCUGGUAAAUUUAUUAGGAUAACAACAUAUGGAAUUUCAUUCUUUGGCUCUGAAUUUUACUGUAUUCCUUUAAAUACUAUUGACCUUUGUUCGGGGACCCACAUUUUUGGAAAUGGAUUCUGUCGGUUCUUACUUUUAAAGCGCUCUCGCGCGCGUGCGCGUGCGUGCGUGCGUGCGUGUGUGUGUGUGUGUACUGCUUACCACUCUAAGCCUAGGUCUCCCAUUACCAAGGGGAGACAGCCCCCCAUGCACCGCAGCACAUCCCAGGGGAGCUGAGCUGCCAGCCUGGCCCCUGGCCUCGGGCACUGCCCUGGCCCCUGUGAGUGUCCAUCACCCUCACCGCUCCUCUCUCCUGUCUCCAGCCCUGGCCAGUUUCCUCCCUCCUCUGCUCCUCAGUGAUCCGCUGAGCUGAGCCCAGCUCCUGCCCCGCGCAGCUCUGGUCCUCUGAUGUGGGCACUGCCAGCCACAGCUUUCUCUCCUCAUCUCCUCAGUCAGGGGGCCUCUGCCUCAGUUUACAGCCCUGAGCCGUGGCUGGAAAUGCUUUCCAGGCAGGCAGCGGGGAAUCAUGGACAUCAGCUGCAGCAGUGCCUGAUGCCAGGGGCCCGGACUCCUGGAAGGAUACCUGUUAUCAGCUGCCUGGUACAAAUAUCAUACAAAACGUUUUGUGUAUUUUCCUCUGUCUUUAUUCUUUCAGACGAGGGGACAGUGCAACAUUUAUGUGAUCACAGUCUGAGCACUUAUUUGUGUGUGCACUUAUUUUAAGGCCGGUUCUUCCCUUGCCCAGGCUGGCCUUGGUCUGAUGAUCCAGCACCCUCAGCUGUGGAGCUGCUGCCAUGCCCAGCUUUAAAGCAUUUUAAAUCUAUGUUUAAAAUUUUUAGAUAUUACUUACUUAGAUAUCUGAUGUCAAAAUAUCUAUUAUAAACAUUAAAAUGGUUUGUUUCAGCAUGGCAAAAUGUUACAUGACAAACAAGAUGACUAAAAGGAAAAAAUAAAUAUUGAUAAUAUAUUAUUAGUAAAAAACCAAAAUAAAA